AUGCCUGAACGAAUCCCCAUCUAUCCAGUGGUAUCCCGCGACUCCGAACAACUCGCGUAUCUCCGGCCUACGGGCCUUGUUGAUCUUACAAGCACAGUAAUCGAGAUUUUUCCCCGUUCGAUGAACGCAAAAGCGAAAGAUUUCCAUGCUGAAGCUGACACCCAGCCGGACAUUGUUCCCGACCCCUUGGUGUCCACUCAGGAACCAGAAAUCCCAUCCACAGCAGUGCAGCUUGUAAGGCCCGGGCAGGACUACGAUCAACCAACACCCGUCCAAGUACCAGAGACCGCAAACGCAUCGAUGCAGAAAUUUCGGGACAUGUCGAGCGACACUUACCAGGCUUCUCUCGCCGCAACGUGGGGCACAGCCUCCGUCAAUAGCAAUUACGACCUGGAUGCGUACUUGGAGAGGCGCAGGAAAGGGAUCGAGGGCUGCAAGGAUUUCUUCAUGGAUGCGGAGGGCGACAAAUCGCUUCAGGCUGUUCAGGAGCUCUUAUUGAAGUGGACGACCGUGGACGAUCCUGUUGUUUGGGAGAAUAAUGGCAAACAACUAAGACUACUCACUCAGAGGCCCUGAGAGCAGCAUGGGCUGAAUGGCUUUCUCGAUGUGCUUAUGUUCUCAAAACAUUGUUAGGAUCAUUUUUUAAAGAUUAUCCAUAACAUUCUACUAGAAAGAGUAUUCUAUCUAGGCUAGCAGCACACGGAAUAAAAGUAGAUCACCUGAU